AUGAUGUGGGUUCCGUCUAUUCUUCCUCUACCUGGUUGCGUCCAUCCACUUCCACCUCGGCUGUCUCGCCCACGAGGAGCAGAAUUGGAGAACGAACGAAGUGGAUGCGGAGAGGCCAGCAAGGAGCGCGCCAGGAGAGACAUAGGGGUUACAGCUUUGUUCUUCUUGGGAAGUUGCAAACUGGGAAGUGGAAUAUGUACCGAAAGAUGGAAUUUCCUAGAGGACAAUGGGAAGGUAGAGUUCAGCAAUACAACUGUAUUUUCUGAGGAACCUCUCAUACAAUCGAAUCUACUUCGCAGAGUACACUGA